AGAGAGAGAAAGAGGAGUGCAAGAGGGGAGAGAGUGUGUGGAGGAGAAGCGGUGAAUGGGAAUGACGUGAAACGGCAGGAAUAAGGAGAGAGCAAGGGAUAGAGAGAGACAGAGAGAGAGAGAGAGAGAGAGAGAGAGAGAGAGAGGAGGAAUGCGCACACAUGCAUCAGUGCACGAGAUCAGUGUGGCUGUGCUGACUCAAGAGCAUCUAGAGGCUGGAGUCUGCUGUCCUGCCUGAGGGAGGGCUGCCUCUCUUCUUAUACACCACACGCAGCUGCAGAGCGAGUGUGAGUGAGAGAGAGAGAGAGAGAGAGAGAGAGAGUGAGAGAGAGAGGGGGAAAGAGAGACGGACAGACAGACACGGGGAGACACUGAGGAACACUCAGUCUACCAGCAGCCAUGGCAGAUACGGACUCUCUGGCUGAAGCUUUGAAGGCUAUCAGUGUGAGCACAGAGCUGAUAGAGGAGGAACUGAAGCCUCAUAUGGACACCCUGCUGAACCUCCUACUGGAGAAGAAAAAGGGCACUGCAGAGCAGAUAGCCUGCAGUGGAGUCCUGCCCACCCUGGCCCAGACUCUGAGGAAUAAAGGCUCACUCAUAUCACAGGUGGCUCUGCUGGUGGCUGAGAUGGCCAGAGAAGCUGCUGUGAGAGAGAGGUGCAUUGAGGCUGGGCUGGUGACCGCUCUGGUUCCUCUGCUGAACAGCUCUGACCAAGACCUGCUGCUGCACACCGGCCGAGCCAUCGGCCGCAUCUGCUUCGACAACACUGUGCAGCAGACUCAGCUGGUGAAGAGCGGUGUUAUCCCCAGGCUGGUGGCCAUCAUGCACCAGUACCCAGAGAAUGACCCGCUGGUCAACGUCUGCCUGCUGGCCCUGUGUAACCUCGCUGAUAUGGAUGCAGCAAAAGACGCAUUAGCAGAGGUGGGCGUGGCAGAGGUCCUGACUACCCAGCUAAAGAGGGCCCCAGAUGCAGAGCGCCGCCACCUUAUUCUGGAGGUGCUGGGGUCGCUGGGAGAGAGUGAUGCCCUGAAGCUCCAGUUUGUAGAGGCGGGGGUGCCUGACGCUCUCUCUGAGAUGAUUCGCAAAUUGCAGGGUGACUCUGACCCACAUGACCUCUGCAGUAUAAAAAUAGCUUCCAACCUCAUAGUGACGCUGCUGCUGGGGGACGAAUCAAUGCAGAAGUGUUUUGGAGAGGGGACAGGGAGCAUAUAUCAGGAUGUUCUGUCCUGGCUGCAGUCUUCUAACACUCAGCUUCAACUGUCUGGAGCGCUGGCCAUCGCCAACUUUGCCAGGAAUGACAGUAACUGUGUGAAGAUGAUGGAACUAGGGGUGGUUCCUCACAUCCUGGAUUUGCUGGAGCAUCAUGUAGAUGAGGGUGAUGUGUCUGUGCAGCAUGCAGGCCUCAGUGCUCUCAGAAAUCUCGCCAUACCAGCAUCAAAUAAAGUGCGCAUGCUGGAGGAUGGGGUAAGCGAGAGGAUCAGGACACUGCUGCGCUCUGACAUGCCCCCUGUCCAGUUCAAACUACUGGGGACCCUGCGCAUGAUGGUGGAUGGACAAGAGGAGGCUGCAACAGUGUUGGGGAAGGAUGAGGUGCUGUUGGCACGGGUUACAGAGUGGUGUGAAGCAAAAGAUCAUGCUGGAGUCAGAGGAGAGGCCAAUCGGCUUUUAGCAGCACUUAUCAGACACAGUCGCUCCCCAGAAGUCAUCCACUCUGUCAUCAAGGCAGAUGGGGUCCAACACCUCAUCUCUAUGGCAACCAGUGAACACGUCAUUAUGCAGAAUGAAGCUCUGGUGGCUCUAGCCAUCGCGUCUGCAAUAGACAUCGAGGCGGUGCAGGAGCCGUUCCGGGAUGCUGAUCUGUUACCCACCCUGCAGAAGAUGCUGGACGACCCUGUCGGGGCAGUGGAGGUCAAAUUUAGCACAUUGGGCCUCAUCUGCAGCCUGGCCAACUCCAGCAUGCUGAAGGAGCAGAUGGAGGCACUGAACCUGAAAGACUCCCUGUCCAAGCUCUCCAGUCACACCAGCACCAAGCUGGCCUCCCAGGCAGACACUGUGAUGGCUGUGCUGUCGGAAACCAGCUAGAACAACUGUCCCAACUCUCUGAUUAACAGGACUACUGACUCCAAGCACACGCGUCCCUUUCAUACACUACUAACCAAUCCAGUCCUCCAUUCUAUCAGACCAAAGCAAUCAGAACUAACUAUGUGCCCAGCAAUGAGCUCAGCAGGAAGCAGGGUGAUGUCAUUUCUGGAGAGGAAUUUGAUUGGCUCAUGAAUGAAACAUCAUUCCAUGGCUCAUUCCCUGUCAGCUGACCUGUGACCACUUUGAGGACAGAUGCUAAGGGUGCAUCUCAACGAGGUUAGCGUAAUCUGUGUAAGAGCAAGCUGUUGGCUCUCCAUAAAGUCCAUGAUUUCUUUAUCUCCAGAACACUGUCAAGAGGAAAUUAAUCAUUUGCAAGAUAACUGGUCUGCAUUGCCAUAAUAUACAUACACAGAAACAUACUAUUCUGUCUUCAGUUAUAUGCGGCUUAGGUUUAGCAAAGCAGCGGUAUGGAAUUAUAUGUGCUAAUUUUCCGGUACUGAUAUCUCUCCUAGUUUUUUUUGCUGGAGUGAGUGUUAAUCUUCUGUAAAUAUGUUAGUCCUUCUCAGUUCCCACACAACAUAGUAUAUACUCCUCUAUACUCCUCAUUCAGCAAAGCACAUGAACUCACAAGAGUUCCUGCAUUUACAUGCAAUGUGGAAUGUGAUUACAGUUCUUGCCUGAGAAAAGGAAAUGCAUCUCAAAUUGCAAUACUUAUAUCCUAUAAUUACUGUAUGAUAUUUAUAUCAUAGCUGGCCUUACUAGUGUCUGAGUGAUUUUGUUGAUGCAGAUUCUUUGAUCAUGUUGAUCAUUUUACUAGCUGAACAUGAGCACAACAAAAUACAUAACUUCUUAGCAAUAGCAAGACACAUAUCAAGAGCUAAGCUUAAGAUUCUCUAGUUUAAUAUAAAAAUAUAUCGUUAAUAGCAAUCAUUGAUGCGUAGCAAGUGGUGUGACUGUGCUAUGGGUUUUAUGCAAAUCUCUGUAUGUCUGACUAAAACAAGAUGACUCUGUCACUAAUGCUUUCUCAAUUCUUGACAAGGAAAAUCCUCCGACGACUGAUAAGAUAACGAAAUUUGCCAUUGCUUUCAGCCGGGAAUGCACUUUGCCCAGGUCAUGUAAGUGCAGGCUGUGUGCAGGUCGAAGAGAAGCAGCUGGUGGAGCUGAGUGGAGAAGCGUUAUCUAAUAAAAUCAGAGGAAGCACAAUGACUGGCAUGAGGACAGACUUUACCUGGUGCUGCUGACCUGCUGCAUCUCUGCUUUUCUCAACAGCAAUUCAUUACAGCGACUUUAUCAAGCACUUCACAGCUAGAUAACUGUAAUAGCACAAUCUCUGUCUGUUCUUGAUAAUGGGUGUUGAAUUGAUUUUUAAAUUGACUAUUUCUGGUGUUGAAAAGUGUGUGGCUUACCAGAAGAGCCUGUUUCUGGCAAUAAAAAUGGAACAGCUGAA